AGAAGAAGAAGGAGGAGGACGAGGAGGAGGAGGACGGCGACGGCCAGAAGGGGCCCAAGAGAGGGGGCGAGCGACCGAGCGCCGCGACGCGGGAGUGAGGUGCGUGCGGGCUGCAGCGCAGACCCCGGCCCGGCCCCUCCGAGAGCGUCCUGGGCGCUCCCUCACGCCUUCCCUUCAAGCCUUCUGCCUUUCCAUCCUCGUGAGCGGAGAACUGGGAGUGGCCAUUCGACGACGGGUUAGCGGGUUUGCCUCCCACGCCCCCAGCCUCGCGUCGCCGGCUCACAGCGGCCUCCUCUGGGGACAGUCCCCCUCCCGGUGCCGCCUCCGCCCUUCCUGUGCGCUCCUUUUCCUCCUUAUUCCCUAUUAAAUAUUAUUUGGGAAUUGUUUAAAUUUUUUUUUUUUAAAGAGAGAGGUGGGGAGGAGUCGGAGUUGUGGAGAAGCAGAGGGACUCAGGUAAGUACCUGUGUAUCUAAACGGGCGUCUUUGGAAAUCCUGGAGAACGCCGGGUGGGAGACAAAUGGUCGUGGGCACCGGGAGGGGGUGGUGCUGCCGUGAGGACCCGCUGGGCCAGGUCUCUGGGAGGUGAGUACUUGUCCCUUUGGGGAGCCUAAGGAAAGAGACUUGACCUGGCUUUCGUCCUGCUUCUGAUAUUCCCUUCUCCACAAGGGCUGAGAGAUUAGGCUGCUUCUCCGGGAUCCGCUUUUCCCCGGGAAACGCGAGGAUGCUCCAUGGAGCUGUGGUGUAAAGGAAUUCAUUAGCCAUGGAUGUAUUCAUGAAAGGACUUUCAAAGGCCAAGGAGGGAGUUGUGGCUGCUGCUGAGAAAACCAAACAGGGUGUGGCAGAAGCAGCAGGAAAGACAAAAGAGGGUGUUCUCUAUGUAGGCUCCAAAACCAAGGAGGGAGUGGUGCAUGGUGUGGCAACAGUGGCUGAGAAGACCAAAGAGCAAGUGACAAACGUUGGAGGAGCGGUGGUGACGGGUGUGACAGCAGUAGCCCAGAAGACAGUGGAGGGAGCAGGGAGCAUUGCAGCAGCCACUGGCUUUGUCAAAAAGGACCAGUUGGGCAAGAAUGAAGAAGGAGCCCCACAGGAAGGAAUUCUGGAAGAUAUGCCUGUGGAUCCUGACAAUGAGGCUUAUGAAAUGCCUUCUGAGGAAGGGUAUCAAGACUACGAACCUGAAGCCUAAGAAAUAUCUUUGCUCCCAGUUUCAUGAGAUCUGCUGACAGACGUUCCAUCCUGUACAAGUGGUCAGUUCCAAUGUGCCCAGUCAUGACAUUUCUCAAAGUUUUUACAGUGUAUCUUGAAGUCUUCCAUCAGCAAUGAUUGAAGUAUCUGUACCUGCCCCCACUCAGCAUUUCGGUGCUUCCCUUUCACUGAAGUGAAUACAUGGUAGCAGGGUCUUUGUGUGCUGUGGAUUUUGUGGCUUCAAUCUAUGAUGUUAAAACAAAUUAAAAACACCUAAGUGACUACCACUUAUUUCUAAAUCCUCACUAUUUUUUUGUUGCUGUUGUUCAGAAGUUGUUAGUGAUUUGCUAUCAUAUAUUAUAAGAUUUUUAGGUGUCUUUUAAUGAUACUGUCUAAGAAUAAUGAUGUAUUGUGAAAUUUGUUAAUAUAUAUAAUACUUAAAAAUAUGUGAGCAUGAAACUAUGCACCUAUAAAUACUAAAUAUGAAAUUUUACCAUUUUGUGAUGUGUUUUAUUAACUGGUGUUUGUAUAUAAAUGGUGAAAAUUAAAAUAAAAUGUUAUCUCAUUGCAAAAA